CCUCGAGGUAUUCGCGUAUGUGCGUCGACACGUCGACUACUACGCAGCGAAAACAGUAGGUCCUCAGUCGCUAGGAUAGAUUGGAAGAAACCAGCAUAUCGAGCCGGAUGGCCGAGGCGACCGCAAGCGCAGAGCGCGCUGACGCCGACGACGAGCCGCCUGCGCUCAAUGCGCUGCAGGAGAAUAUCGCGAGGCGCGGGAACAAUGCGUAUUACUACGCGCACGGCCACCGGAAUGACGCGCCCGCGUGGGACGGCGAUCCGUCGCCGAUGAAGCUCGAGACGACCGCGGCCCCGCCCGAGCGACGGCGGUGCGCGAUCACGCGCUACAGCUGGCUCGACGAGGACACGAAGAUCCGGAUCUACAUCCCCGUGGACGACGAGCGGUUCCAGCGCCCGGACGCCAUCACGCUGACCUGGACCGAGAAGAGCGUCGUGCUCGCGGCCGACCUCGGCGAUGAGGUCCACACGUUCGCGGUGCCCGCGCUGUACGACACCAUCGUGGGCGCGUCGCACAGGGUGAAGCCGACGAAAAUCGUCGUCACGCUGAAGAAGCCCCCCGACAGCAAAUUCAAAUGGUACGAUCUGAAGAAGUAGUUCCGUCCGAGUCUUCCAGAGGACUGGAAGCGCCCAAGUAGGCUGUAGUCGCUUUUAAACUAUUGUAGGUACUUGCCGUCUAGACAUAGUGA